CUCACGUGGGAGCUCGUUAGAAACACAGACGUUCGGGCCCCACCCCGGACUCACCGAGUCAGAAUCUGCAUUUUAACGAGCUCCCCAGCGACUCCCGGAGCACAUUAAAGUGGGAAGAGGGCUGGCGCUUCUGCAAUUUUAAUGAGCCAACGAAUCACCUGGGAUCUCGUUAAAAUGCAGACAGGGUUUCUCCGACCUGAGCGUGCGCGCGCAUCACCUGGGGAGCUUGUUAAAAUGCAGAUUCCGGUGGGGCCGGGCCAGGGCGGAGCCGGAGCUCGUGCGUGGGAGCGGGGUUCCCGGGACCCCUGAGGUCCUGGCUGCCGCCCAAGCGGCUGUCAGGACGCUUGAUAAAUCGUCCUCGCCGGCUGACGGGCGGCGGGGCCGGGACAUGCGCGAUUCGGCCGGUGGGGGGGGGGUGUGCCUCCGAAGUCGGGAAGCGCACGCCGUUCGGGAGGCCACUCUUGGGGACUCGCCGGGAGCCUCGUGUUCGCGCCAUGUCGCGGCGCAAGCAGGCCAAACCCCAGCACCUGCGCUCCCCGGAGCCGCAGCCCGAGUCCGAGGAGCCUGGCGGAGUGGCCCCGCGCGUAGCCGGGGAGCGGGCCUCCGAGCUAGAUCGUGAUGUCCCCAAACCAUCGGGCAUCUCUGCUGAAGACAGCGAUGCCCAGCGGGCUCCUGCAGCCGUUCUGCUCUCCGAAGCAAAGGAGCAAACGGCCACCCUUGGAGAAAGGACCUUUAACUGCUGCUACCCAGGUUGCCGUUUCAAAACCGUCCACGGCAUGAAAGAUUUGGAUCGCCAUCUGAGAAUCCACACAGGUGACAAACCCCACAAGUGUGAGUUCUGCGACAAGUGCUUCAGCCGGAAGGACAACCUGACCAUGCACAUGCGCUGCCACACGAGCGUGAAGCCACACAAGUGCCACCUGUGCGACUACGCGGCUGUGGACAGCAGCAGCCUCAAGAAGCACCUGCGCAUCCAUUCGGACGAGCGGCCGUACAAGUGCCAGCUCUGCCCCUACGCCAGCCGCAACUCCAGCCAGCUCACGGUGCACCUGCGCUCGCACACGGGGGACACCCCCUUCCAGUGCUGGCUCUGCAGCGCCAAGUUCAAAAUCAGCUCGGACUUGAAGCGGCACAUGAUCGUGCACUCGGGGGAGAAGCCGUUCAAAUGCGAGUUCUGUGACGUCCGCUGCACCAUGAAGGCGAACCUCAAGUCGCACGUCCGCAUCAAGCACACCUUCAAGUGUCUGCACUGCGCCUUCCAGGGCCGGGACCGGGCCGACCUGCUGGAGCACAGCCGGCUGCAUCAGGCCGACCAUCCCGAGAAGUGCCCAGAGUGCAGCUACUCCUGCUCCAGCCCAGCCGCCCUCCGCGUGCACAGCAGAGUCCACUGCAAGGACCGGCCCUUCAAAUGUGACUUCUGCAGCUUCGACACAAAGCGGCCCAGCAGCCUGGCCAAGCACAUGGACAAGGUGCACAGGGAAGAGGCCAAGACAGAGAACAGGGCCCCUCAGGGCAAGGAUGGGCCCAGGGAGAGCAGCCCCCGCCACGGGGCCAAGAUCGCCACCCAGAGGGCCUUCCGCUGUGACAAGUGUGGCGCCUCCUUUGUCAGGGACGACUCUCUGAGGUGCCAUCGGAAGCAGCACAGUGACCGGGGCGAGAAUAAGAACGCGAGCCUGGUCACUUUCCCCCCAGAAAGUGUUGCUUCGGGCCAGCUUGGCGCCCUGGUCUCUGUGGGGCAGCUAGAGGGCGCCCUGGAGCCCAGCCAGGACCUCUGAGCAGCGUGGGCGGUCCCUCGAGGACGUGAACAAAGCUGGUGCCGAGGACCUUGCCUUCUCUUCUGGAGCUGGCAGCCCCGACCCUUACCCCCCCCCCCCCCCCUGGCCUCCAGCCCCAGAGCAGCUGACCCAUGAAGGCACAGGUGCCAAAGCAAGGCCACGGGGAGGAUUGCCCACAAGCUGCCCUCCCUGCAAGCAUUCGCUGAGCUCGCUGCAGCCUGGGUCAUUUGAAGGCGGGGUCCACUAAGCCCGCUACUCCACCCCCUCGGGAGAGUAAGGGCUUCAUGUGGCUUGUGAUUGGAAGACUGAGCGGUCUCUGGUGGAGUUUCUAAGCUGAGCUGUGUAAGGGAAGGCGUCAGUGCUCUACAGGUCGUGUGGUAAAGUUCUGUCUUAACCUGGGUAGGGGCUGUUAGCGUUCGUUCGCCAUAUGUAUGUU